AUGUCCGUGCCGGACCUGUGCAUGGCGCAGGACAUGGGCGGCGAGGCUGACGCCCCCAUGACUGUUUUCGGUGGUACGCUGAAGGGGGACGGCUGCUCCCUGUCCCUGUGGCGCAGCCUGGAGCGCGCAUCCGGGCGGGACCGGCCCCUGCCACUGGAGAUUUCGGUAAACGCAUGGCUGUCCGAAGCUCCGAGGGGUUCCGCGACAUCGCUGUCUGGGCAGUCGCGCUCGGCGGCGUCGGCCGACGGCCGCGCGACGACACCGUCCUCCAAACGCGGCCGCUCGCUCUCCCGCUCCCUGGCCUCGACGAGCUUUUCGGGGAAAGUCAGCGUGCUGAGCUCCGUGCCCACGGUUGUCGCCCUGAACAACUGUUUCGUGAUGGACUUCGACCUGCCCUGGACGCCCGGCAGCAGGGCGUCGGCGAAUGGCUCCGCCUCCAACCCGUUCUUCCGCUCGGGCUCCCCGCUAGGCGCCCUGCCGUCCGCGGAGCUAGACCUGGAUGCCUACAGGGCCAUCGACUUCAACAGCGUUUCCGUCUCCAACGGUGGGCACUCGUGCUCCAACGACGCUCCCAAGGUGCUCAACGACGACCCCGCUUCGCGGUCGAAGGCCGGCGCCUGUGGCCAGGACGCCCAAAAGACGGCUGCCAAGCUGCCGGCGCCGAUCGCCACCAAGCCCGAGAUGAAGCAAUCCAACGAUUCCGCCAAGUCGAGAGGCGUCAGCCCCGGCGCUGUUUGUCCUUCCAUCGACGUGCCCAGGCCGAGGAACAGUCCGGUGAAGGCGCUGCUGUCGCUGGUGACGAUGUGCUGCAGGCCUGCAGGCGGCCCGCCGCGCAGGCAGAAGCGAGAAGCUCACGUGCCUAUGAUCUACUCGCCGCGCGUACCCAAGGGCGGGUGCGUUGUGGGCAAGCCCCCGGCGGGGCCGACGUACGACAUGAUAGGAUGCGGAUUGGCGACGGCGACCGCGUCGCCGGUGUCGCCUUGGGGCAGGGAAAAGGAGGGCUCGCGUGUGGGGCAGUGGGCCUUCUGCUCUCCCGACGAUGUGGGGGGCGCGAUUGUGGCCGGGGCAGGGCCUGGGCCGCAUUUGGCACAUUCCCAUGUGGGCGAGCCCGACGAUUUUGAAGUCGGAAUGGCGAAGGAGAAGGCGGGAAUGAGGUCGCAAGGGUUGGACGGGGGUGGGCAGGAGGCGGUCAAGUGCGUGAGGGCCGCCGGCCACGUCUGGGCGCCCGUGGCGGGGGAGUGGGAAGGCCGGGACUCGCCGAGAUACAAGCGCCGGGAAGGAAAAUCGAGGGAUGCCCAGGGGGGGUUGAAUCAGCGCGGGACGCGGCGCGCCGAUGUCGCGUCCGCCAUAUGCGACCUCGGAGCCGAAAAUGUUACAGAGCCGCCGGGCCUGCCGGCCGGCCGGACAGUGGCGCCGCCGGCGUCUUGGAGCUGGGUGAGCCAGGGGGGCGGGGAGAAGGCGGGGCUGGGAAUGGACACGGAGGAGAAGCUGUUCAUUUUGAGCGGGGAGCUCGAGGACUGGCUGGAGGGCGACGGGGACGGCAUGGAGGGGGUGGACGAGUGA